CAGCGCCUCGUGGCUCAUCGCGGCGGCGAGGAGCGGGCGGGCGGUGCGAGCCCGGCGGGGCAGAAAAGCGGUGGUCGGGCCGGGAGGGGGGGGGGGGGGGGCAAGGCGUGAAAUAGUCCCUCGCCCCCCCUCCAUCCCGAAUGGCUGCGGGGGCGGCCUGGGAGCAGCGGGGGGCGGCUGCGGGCAGUGCCUCAGAGCCGCAGCGCAUGGCGGCGCCCCCCGGCCUGGCGCCGUAUCCCUCCGCCCCGCCGCGGGCGGCGCUGCGCCCCCUGGGGCCGUGCGGGCGGCACCGGCUGCUGAGGGGCUGCGGGGGCCGGGGGGCGCCGCCGCCCCCCCCCCUCUCCCCCCCCCACCUUCCCCCGCGGGCCGCAGCCGCCCGCGGGGAGGCUCCUCAGCGGGGAGCGGCCGCUCGGGGCUUCCUCAGGGUCUGCCGGCAGCUCCGCGUGCAGGAGGAGCGGCGCUUCUGCCCCGUGCUGCUGGGGCGAGCAGGCUGAGGGGAACUGGGGAGCGUGGCCGGGCUCGCAGGGCGCUGGGAAGCGCUGCCUGCCCGCCCCGAGCCGCGUCCCCAGCCGCUGGGCUUGUUCGGGACGGAGAAACUUUAGCGCAAAGACCUUUUUUCAGUAUUUCUCCUGACCGUGGCCUUUUCUGAUUUUUAUGUAUUUACCUCUUCUAUGUGUGUGGAAAAAUAUGUAAAAGGCUGGUGAAGAAUUGAAGUCUUUUCUUAAUGAGAGAAUAAAAUGGGGAAGUUGUAGAACACUGAGGAUAACUCAGCACAGUAGUCUUGUUUGCUGCAGGAACUAAGCCUAAUCUCAAGAAUCCACUUAAAGAAAAGGAAUACCUGUGAAAUCAUGCCAUCUGAAAAGGGCCAUUUUUUUCAUGAUAAAGAGCAAAUUAAUUUAUUAAAUCACAAUGCUGCAAAUAAUCUUUAUAUGGAUACUACUUUGGAAAAAGCAUUGGGGAAUGAUCCUUUAAGUGUGAUGACUCGACCAGCAAUUUUAGAUGUCAGUCUCUCCUAUGAACUAAAGAAUGUGAAGAUUGUUUUACCCAAAGUGAACAUUCCAAAUGAAGUGUUAAUGAAACAUGAAGUAGAUAGGUUUAGAAAACUAUUUCAGUGUAAAGAGCAAACUGCAAGGAAGUCAGUAAAUCUGGAGAAAGUGAAUGGAAGCAGUCCCAUUUGUUCAGAGGGAAGCAAUGUACAGAAUAUACCAGAAGUGCAAUUUGAAGAAGGGCUGAAAACUACAGCAAAGAUACUGAAUUUCACUUGUACGAAGUGUGAGGAUAAUGUUAGAUACAGCCCAAAUGACCUACAGAAACAUUUUCAGCUGUUACACUAUGGCGAGUUGCCUUUGUAUCCUUGUGAAAUGUGUAACUUCUCAGCUAAUGACUUUCAGUCAUUUAAACAGCAUAGACGCACCCAUCGCAGCACUUUAGUGAAAUGUGAGCUCUGUAAUGAUGAGCAUAUGUACACUUUGUUUGAUUUGACAAAACACUUCACAUCAAAGCAUUGUGUAAAUGGUCACUUUCAAUGUGAAAAAUGUGGGUUUUCUACCCAGGAUGUGGGCACAUUUGUUCAGCACAUUCACAGACAUAAUGAGCUUCCAUAUAAAUGUGGAAAAUGCCAUCACAUAAGCUUUACAAAAGAGGAGUUCCAGAAACAUGUUGUUUUCCAUAACAGCGUGUUUCCUUUUGGUUGUCAGUAUUGCAGUUACAGAACACAACGGAAAGAUUAUCUUUUUAAACACAUUAUAUCUUUGCAUAGAGACCACUUGUAUGCAAAAGAACAACUGGAAAAGGAUAAAUGUGAAAAAAGAAUAGUGAAGACUCCAGCAGGACUAAAGCUUGUGUUAAGAAGGUGUAAAACGGGAACAUCGAAAAAACCUCUCUGGAGACGGAAAAAAAUAAUCAGUGGAAGUGACAAAACUGGAGAAAAAAGUUCCCAAGUGCUAAGAAGUGUGAACAAAAUUCAACCAAAAUUGGAUGAGUUGAACCAGUGUAUGAGAGACGUGGAAACAAAUGAAGAAAAAGAUCGAAUUAUGUAUACUGAAAAGCAUAACUUCACAGGUGGAAUGCUCUCUGCUACUGCUGCACAAUACAAUAAAGCAGAUGAUGGAACAAGCUUCAGCCUGGGAUUAUUGAAAAAUGCCAUUCCUGGGCCCACGGUAUUGAUGGUGAAAAACAAUAAAAUAUCUGUUCCAGCAAAUUACAGUGCUAAAUUUAUGGGAUUUAAAAUGGUAGAUGGAAAACAACACAUUGUUAUAAAAUUAUUACCUACAAGUAAGCAAAACUUGCAUGUGUUGGGUCAGAAAGCUCAUUCUCUUAAAGAUGGCUCUACAACUCCUUUGAUACAGACUGAUGAUCCUUGUAGUUUGUCUUUAGGUGCUAUACCAAAUGUUACUGACCAGUCAACCGUAAAGAACAAUUCCAUUCACACAUUACCCUCUCCUCUGUUUUCUUCUGUUCCUUCUUCAGGAAAACCAGAAGUGGAAAAACAAAAUAACUCCUUAUUGUAUGGUAGGAGUCUUUCUCAAACUGUAGCACCUUCUAAUGUAGCUGUAGGAAAAAAUUCGUAUCACUUGCCAAUGAAGUUGGGCUCAACUGUAUCUCCAUGUGAUGAGGUGACAAAAAUUGAAUCUCGAAGUAACAUCUCAUGGGGAAACCAUAGUCCUCCAGGUCAUCCUCAGGUAUUACCACCCACUAUUACAAAUGGGAGUCACUAUGACCAUAUGAAAAUGCCCUUCUUUUCUGAAUUGAAAAUGCAACAUGGUGGCCUGAACAAUGGUAUUGGAAAUAGUGAUCUCUGUUAUUCACAUUCAGUUGAUUCUUCUAAUGAAGGGUUGCUGUCUUUUCAUAAUUAUUCUAAAAUGGAUUCUUCAGAUAAUCAGUGUAGCUUUUGGAUGUCAACAGAUGACAAAUCUAAAGAAUUUAUAUCCAGCCAAACAGUUUCUUUUCAAAACAGAAUUGAAUCUGCGUCUUCAUAUCCAUAUCCAGAGUCCAUCAAAGGCUUAAAACAAGAACAAAUUGUAUCAGAUGAAUCAAAUAUUAAAACUUAUGGAUACAUGAACACUAAGAAUAACUCUAUGUUUUCUAAAGGCCAAUCUAAAUGUGUUAUUGACAGAGAGUGUUUUGUGGAAGACCAGCGUAAUGGCCAGCAGCAUUUGGAUGCUAACAUACAUCAAGACUUUGAGAAUGUAACUGAGAAAUUCCAAGAAAAUGGAUCUGAUUCUGUUAACUCGGUCUUAAUGCCUAAAAUCACAUCUGUUUUCUCAUUGCAGAGUGAACAGGCAGCUCAUUAUUUAUCGCCUGAAAUAAACCAGUUAUUGCAAGAUGUGUUAAAAGUGAAAGCAACUACUCAGCAAGAAUCCCACAGCAAGUCAAAUAACUGCAUAAAACUUCAUUCUGACAAGCUGCUUUCUAGUCAUCUUUCUAGUCAUGAGACAGGGAAUAAAGCCUUUGCACACUUAAAAAGCUCAGCAACCGCAUGUGGUUUUCAGAGGCCUCCUACUAAUGCUGGUUUUCAUUUAUGUAAGAGAGAGUUGAACACAAGCUGUAGCACAAAUGAAGGUACACAUUGUAGGAAAGAAAAAAGGCUACCCAGAAUAUCAUUAGAUUCACAGGGAGUGCAUAUAAUAUCCAGAUCUCCAGGUGUUGGUGCAUCACUUAAAACUCAUACAGAUGGAAUCACAACACAGCAACUAGUAAAAGAAGAAGUACAGUCAACAACCCCAAAUCCUAGCAGCUUUUCUCCAGUUCUUCAGGAACAGAAGAAAACUGUUUUAGUUCAGUCAUCUCCAGGAUUUUUUGUUCCUUUGCAUCUUGCUAACCAGCCUGGACUGCAGGUUGUUUCAGGAAAAUCUCUUCCGUCAACCAGUUCAUUUGAUAGUCAUGCAACUAAAGGUGUACCUGCUUCUUUUGUUUUAAAUAAAGGACCUGGAGUGAUACUGACUUUCAGUGGGGCAAUUGGAACAGUUGCAAAUGUCCGUAGUGAUAGUUCUCAGGUUUUAGGCAGUGUCGCAUCCAGAGAAUAUGGUAAAAUAACCAUACCAGCUUCAAAAGUGGAGCGGAAAAAUGACAGCUUCAGAGGCGUAAGAAGUUCCUGUAGUAGGAGAGCACAUCAUCCAGCAAAUGACUCACUGAAUAGCACAUCAUUCAAAGGACCUUUUGUAAUUACAAACUCAUCAGAGUCAUCUAUGAAAGGAAUUUCUUCUGUGAAAGUGUUACCAGAGCAGCAGGAUGCUGUCUUUGGUUCUGUGGAGUCAGUAAAACAACAGGAAAUGAAACAGAAACAUGUUUAUGCACUUUUGCCUGAUGGACAGCAGGCAGUUUUCCUGCAAUGUAUGACACCAAACAAACCUGAAGUACGUAAACAUAGUGUUUUUCAGGAGAGUGCUCAUUGUCAAAACUGUCAACCAAAGAAAACUGGAGCCAUGCAACAAAAGCUUUUGCUGAAAAUUAAGACUUCUUCAGAUACGCUGACUGAUACCAAUCAGUCAGUGAACAACUCAGUGCCCUCACUACAGUUGGAUAACUUGCAGUCCCUUACUCCUGCACUAGCACAGAAACAGACUAAUCUUACUUCUAAUGAUGCCUUAAUCUUACCAGGUAGGUUAAUGCCAGCAAAUGCCUCUUUGGCAAACUCUAAUCCAGCAUGUCGUAUUCCUUCUGUAGAACCUGUAUAUUCUACCAAACCUGCAGGGACGUGGUUGCGAAAAGGUUCUGCAGAGAGUACACAAGUAAUAACUGCUAACAACAGGAAUAACUGUGGUAGUCAGAAGUCCACAUGGCGCACCCGGAACAGAGUGGCAAAAGUAAAAUCUCGCUUAAAGCAAACUGGGCCUGAAAGUUCGGAAACUGUGGUUUUACAAAGAAACAAUUUCAAACGGAAAUGCAAGGAUAAUUGCAGAGAACCUCCAAGAAAGAAAGCAACAUUGCACAGAAAGUGUAAGGAAAAGAAUCAAGCUCAAGUUGUUAGUGAAUCAGGUGGCCCUUACAAACCAAGGGCAUCAAAAGAAACUGUGAGGACUUUGAAACUACUUCCUUUUAAUUCUAAACAGCUUGUAAAAUGCCCUCGGAGAAAUCAACCAGUUGUUGUGCUUAACCAUCCUGAUGCAGAUGUUCCAGAAGUUGUAAAUGUAAUGAAAACCAUUGCUAAAUUUAAGGGACAUGUUCUUAAGGUUUCAUUGUCAAAAAGAACUAUUGAAGCACUUCUGGAGCCAGCCUUCUGCAAUAGUUUGGAUGUAACUACUGAUGAUCUUUCUCAAAAGAGGCACAAGACAGUAAAACCUAUUAGCCCUGUAAAAGAAAGAUUUGUAUUAAAAUUGACACUGAAAAAGACUAGCAAAAACAAUUAUCAGAUUGUGAAAACUACCUCUGAUAAUACCUUGAAAGCUAAGUUUAGCUGCUGGUUUUGUGGUAGAAUAUUUGACAAUCAGGAUAAUUGGGUAGGACAUGGACAGAGGCAUCUGAUGGAGGCUACUCGAGAUUGGAAUUCGUUAAUGUAAUGUAAUGAUGACCAGUGAGGAAAAUAAAACUUAACUAUCAUGCAUCACAGCUUUUUAGAAUCAAUUUAAAUUAUGAUACACAAAUUGUUUUGUAUUUCAGUAUUGUAACUGAAAUUUAAAAAUAAUGCAAAGUGCUUGUAUUUUAAAAGGAAAAACAGAUUCUCUGUUGCCAUUGAGCUUUUAGAUACAUCAAGGAACUUUGUGGUUUAGAUAACUUGUAACUAACUGCAAAUACAAUUCCAUAAAAAAAAAUAUAUUAUUUUUUGUUACUACUCUCCUGUCCUAUAUUUUUAUUCUGUAAAAUGAGUCUUCAGGGCUUCUGUACAUAUUUAAAAAAUCAAAACAUGUAAAUAUUUUUAUACUUUUCAGUUAUUUGAUAUGAUUCUUGCACAGAAUUUUUUUCCCCUCUCCCUUUUUUUUUUCAAUUCUGUGCACGCACUACUAAAUUUUUUUUUUUUUUUUUUGGUCAACUACACAGCUGUUAUCCUGGAAUUUUUGUUGUUAUUUUCACUUGUUAGCUUUUGAUUUUGCUUUUCAGGGAUUGAACACUAUCUUUAGCAAGUGCCUAAAAGAUGUGAAGCAGUUUACAUUAUGUCAACUGUGUAAGCAGAGGUCCAAACAGGGCCAUUUUCCCAAUAGUUUCAUUUAAACAAAGCCAUAUGUGAAUGCUUUAAGCUAUAUUGCUAUGCACAUGACACUUGUACUAUUUCUGUGCAGUUUGUCUACUUUCUUAGUGAAGUAUUUUUCAUAUAAAUUAAUAAAACAUGUUACAAUUGUGUUAAUACGGUGAGCUUGAGAAUGGAAUCAGUUGAAAAUAUACUAUAUAUAUAUUCAUAAUGUAUAUGGUGUUUCAGAAUGGUGAACAUUCCUAACCUGUAUUGAUUCUGUUCCUAUUAAAUUUGCUAUAACUUGUAUUUUCAGAA